UCUAAUACUGUUGCAUUCUUGGUGCACAAUCAUAUGCGUAUGUGUGGACUAUUGUCUCCGACUGCUGACAAAAUAUAAACAUGUAUAUAACAUGAUGUUGAUUAAUUACGUAAACAAUAUAUUUUUUAAACAUCUUUCGCGUAAUAAAUUGUAAUAGAUAUCCAUCAUGUUUUGUAUCUAUAGUAGCAAUUGUCAGUGUGUAUAAAAGUGGAACUAAAUGACAAUAUAUGCUAUUAAUGCGAAAGGUCGUAGGUUAAAGAUUUUACAUUUAUAAAUUUUAUAUUAACAAAAAAUAUACAUUUCAAUAUGUGGAAACCAUUUGAAGCUGGUAGUUCUCCAAUUGAUUGGUGUGAACGUAAUUACAGUAUUUCUUCUAGUAUUGCAGAAUUUAUGAAUACGUUAAGUAAUGUAGUAUUUUUGUUACUCCCUCCUGUUUUAAUGCAUCUCUUUAGAGAUUAUGGUCGAUUUGUAAACCCCGGAAUUCAUAUAAUUUGGUUUUUACUAAUGAUAGUAGGUCUUAGUAGUGCAUAUUUUCAUGCUACUCUAUCCCUAAUAGGACAGUUGUUAGAUGAAUUAGCAAUUUUAUGGGUAUACAUGGCUGGUUUCUGUAUGUUUCUUCCAAGAAGGUAUUUUCCAAAUAUUUUACACAAUGAUAGAAAACUUCUUGCCGUAUGUGCAACUUUACCAACUCUUGUUGCAACUGGCUUAUCAUUUAUACAUCCUGCAAUAAAUGCAUUUGCUUUAAUGAGCCUUGGUAUACCUGCAUUUGGAUUUAUGAUCAUUGAGUUAAAAAGGACAAAAUCAAUGAGAGUUUAUAGAUUGGGUUUACGAUGUGGUGCUGUAUGGUUAUUAGCAGUUGCUUGUUGGCUAAAUGAUCGUUUAUUUUGUGAUACUUGGUUGAACUUGAAUUUCCCUUAUUUACAUGCACUUUGGCAUUUGUUUAUUUUUAUUGCAAGUUAUACAGCAGCUGUACUUUUUGCAUAUUUCUCUGUGAAAGAAGAAAAGCCACAGCAAUCACCAGUACUAAAAUAUUGGCCAAAGGAUGAUUUUGAACUUGGUAUACCAUAUGUAACUAUUAGGAGCUAUGUUAAACUUGAUAUUAAUACAAAUAUAUAAUUACGAAUAUCAAUAUUGUAAAGGACGUUUUACAAUCAUUAAAUAACAAUUAAUAA